GGAAGUUGUGCCUCUAGCAAAGUCUACUCAAAUCCUAAUGAUGUGCCACAUACCUAAUAAUAUUAGCCCUGUGGCUGAAAUGCCUAUGGAUGAAACUCCCCUCUUCAGAGGGGACAAAAGAAGUUGGAAGCACUAAGGAUGUAGUUUUAAUAUUGCAACCUGUUUUUCUACCUUACAGCUCUCCUCUGUGCCCUGUCAGAAUACGGUCAUUUGAGCUUUGAUGCAAGGGACAAAGGUCACUGUAUGAGUGAGGACUAGUUUUCUAGUAGCUUGAAUCACAGAUCUGUCUGCCAACUACAGCUACUCUGGUUGAUGGAAGCCUACAGUGAACAUAACUGGCCACAAUCACAUCAUGUCUACUGAAGCUGAAACUACUGCUACCAACAGCCAGCCUGAGCAACAGGCUCCACCAAAGGCACAGUCUUCAAAGAAAGAAAAAAAGAAAGGGCCAGAAAAAACAGAUGAAUCCCUCUUGGCUAGAUUCAAAGGUGAUGGUGUAAAAUACAAGGCUAAGCUGAUUGGCAUAGAUGAUGUUCCUGAGGCAAGAGGAGACAAAAUGAGUCAGGAUUCAAUGAUGAAGCUGAAGGGAAUGGCAGCAGCAGCCCGUUCCCAGGGUCAACACAAACAGAAGAUCUGGGUAAACAUCUCCCUCUCUGGUAUCAAGAUAGUAGACGAAAAAACUGGGGUUAUAGAGCAUGAGCAUCCAGUAAACAAAAUCUCCUUUAUUGCUCGGGAUGUAACAGAUAAUCGUGCCUUUGGCUAUGUAUAUGGAGGAGAAGGCCAGCACCAAUUUUUUGCCAUAAAAACAGCCCAACAGGCUGAGCCUCUGGUUUCUGAUCUUAAGGACCUCUUCCAACUAAUUUAUAAUAUGAAGAAGAAGGAAGAAGAAGAAAAGAAAAAGAGUGAAGAAGCAAGUAAGACUGAGAAUUCUGGUGACGAACUGCCUGCUGAUCAAGCUGACAAAAUGAAACUGGGAGUUGACCAGAUGGACUUGUUUGGGGAUAUGUCAACACCCCCUGAUAUGAGCAGUCCCACAGAAGCUAAAGAGAUUCUGUUAGUGGAUUUUAAUUCUGAAAUUGAGACCAAACAAACCUUUGCAAAAGAGGAUCUCUUCUUGAAUGGCAUCACAGCCUCUCUUCCACAACCAAAGGCACAGACACCCUUCUUGCCUGAGAGUUCUUUCUCUACCAAUCUCAGCUUCUUUCCUACACCUAAUCCAGACCCUUUCAGUGAUGAUCCUUUCACACAGCCAGCCCAAUCUACACCGUCUUCAUUUGAUUGUCUAAAAUCUGAUCAGAAGAAAAGUCUGAGUACCUUGACAUCAGUGGGUAGUGGUGCUUCAGAUGGUGAUAUUGACUACUUUGAUAAACAGUUUGACCAGAUUUCUAAUAGAACUGGCAAGCGAGAAGCACUAACAUGCCAGUGGCCAGUUGAGAGUAAGUCACCUGCAGCAAGAAUUCCCAGUGAGACACCAGAGAGAGAACAGAAUGGCUUUCUCGAAGUCCCAACAAACCUGUUUGUGGAAGUUGCUUCCAAAGGAACAUCUCUGCAGAAUGGAGAAAAGCUGGAUUCUGAAAACAAUAUCCAAUUGCCACAUGAGACUAUAACAAUUAGCCCACCACCACAGAGUACCAAGCCAGGAAGAGGAAGGAGAUCUGUCAAGACUGCACCAAAAUACUUACUCAGCUCAGACUUCUCUGUGUCAUCUAUGGAGAGUCCUGGCUUGAGCUCAGUGGCACACUCAGGAGUUGGGCUGACUAAUCUAUUCGACUACUUCUCACCAAGUUUUAGCUCAUCAUCUCCAUUGGACGGUCUAGGUUGUGUGCCAGUAACUUCAUCAUGGACCUCACAGACAUUUUGCAUCAGUCAGGCUGCACCAGUCUUUCAUGGGUCUAUGAUGACUACUCAGUCUCCAGGACUUAAUCAAUCAUUUGCCUUUGGUACUCAAUCAGUGCCAGGCUGGUGCCAAUCUUCGUCUUUUGGUGCCACAUCCACUCAGUCUUCUAGCAUGUGGUCACAGUCAGCACAAGUUUCAUCCGGUUCUUGGGCAAGCAGUGCUGCCAGUCCCUUCCAGAGCAGUUUGUUCCCAUCUCCAACGGCUCAGACAGCCCCAGCACUGCCCUCCAUGUCCACAACAGCCAGCCCACCGCAGCCGCCACCCAGAGCCACGCUGCAGAAGGAGCUGUCCAAAAAAGAGAGCGAUGCGUUCAUUGCUCUGGAUCCGCUUGGGGAUAAAGAAAUGAAGGAUGUCAAGGAAAUGUUCAAAGACUUCCAGCUGACAAAGCCACCUGCAGUACCAGUGAGGAGAGGAGAACAGCAAAGCCUUUCAGAGCCACCAAAGCCUGUUCCUCGACAAAGUGUGCUGCCAGCUCAUGGCCUGUUUGAAAGUCAAGAUAAAAAAAACCCUUUCAGUGCCUCAUCUAAGGAAUCUCAGAAUCCAUCUUCUGAUUUUGGUGAUCAAUUUGGCAAUCCAUUUGCAUAGAUCAGGUGUAACCAGAAAAGGACAAAUGGAAUAACUGGACCUCUUCUCAACAUGAUUUUUCUACAAGUUUCACUUUUCUGUCUGCUAUUCUUGCUGUUGUUUCAUGUUGUCUGCAAUCUACAAUAUAUCCAGCUGGAUUGAAGCAUGGACCCUCAAAGAACAUGCUGUGAAGAUAUUUCAGGGCAAAGCAAAUGGGGAUAUUGACUCACGCUGAAAACCCAAAUUCAAAUUGGUGAAUGUUGCCUUUACUUUAGUUCUUUGCACUUGGUUACAUAGAGGUUGGGAGCGCUGAGUAAUGUGUCUUGCACCAUUUCCCUUCAGAUAGCACUUACUGUCCCAAAAUAAAGGAACUUAAUGUACCUAGGGGAGAGGUGUUGCCUUUGUUUAAGGGUGUUGAAUUAGUAGCUAAAACUCCACCCCUAAAACAGCUAGGUCAGUUGCCUAUUAUGACAGCAGCAGCCAGUUGAAAAGUUAAGGGGAUGCUACUCAGUUCUCAUUGGUGACUGGAUAUAUGACUUGGUCUCUUAGCCUCAAAAAUGUAACUAUGUGCCGAGGAAAGUAAUCUAGUAUUAGUCUAUUUAACUAAAAGUAAAAGUAUCAUUCUGCCAUAAAUGUGUCAUUAAGGGACUGCGGGGUCUGUAACAGCACUGCUGAAGCCCUGAAUACUAAAGGCCUACACUGUAAGCUCAAAAACUUCUUGCAGAGCAUUUAGGUAGUUGUGGACACUAACUGUUGUCUUGGUGCUAAUAUGGCAGUUUUCAGGGGGGGAAGUCUACUAGGAUUACUUUUCUGUUAGGAUGGCUUGGCAAAUGAUUGAAACAAGCAGGUAGGGUUCUUGCUUGUAUCUCAGUGAAUCCCUGAUGUGCUCAGUUUGAUUUGUCACAAGGUGCAAUGGGAUAUGUUUCUAGCAUGCUAGGAAACAAAAACGCCAGAAUGGCUUCUCUCCAUGCCUAGGUUCCUUGUGAACAGUGCAGCACCUCUGUGCCAUUAAUGAGGUAGUACUCCGUCUCUUGGAAAACAUGCCUUUUCUCAAGAAUUUCUUUACUAACAGGUUUUUUUGAACCAGUAACAACUGCCUGUAACAGCUACAUUCUUGGCCAGUGGUGAUGAUUGAUGUGUCAGAAGUUUUUCUGUUAAGUAUAAACUUGAAAUGUUAUUGUUAAAUCAAAUGCCUAAGCCAUUGCUAAACUGGAGAGCAAAGAAAGUCAACUUGAAUACAGCCUUAGUACCCAAUUCUGCCAGUCAUGCAAUUAGUCUUGUAUAUGAAUUCCUCUUGCACUUUCUGUAAUGCAAAUAAAAAAAAAAUUUAAAAAAUAAAAUCACAAAUUUAAGUAUUUGUCUCAAACUGGAAAUGUAGAAACUUUUUGAUGUUACACUGUUAUAUAAAACUGUAGUAUCUGAUACUUAAUGACAUUAAAAAGCAACUCUUCAUACCAAAUGAACAUGAGUGUGUGUGGCUGUUAAUUCUGUCCUCUGUAACUCAGUCUUGUGGUCUAGUUGACAUUAGAAGUUCAAAGCCUGCUGCAAAUCAUUCCUCACAGGUUUUGUAGCUGUCUGAUGGCAAAGUUCUUUCUGUUACUUCUCGCAUUGGACCUGU